AUGAUAUUCAAAGCAACUCCUGAGUUCGCAAUAGCAUUUACAAAACUUAUAACAUUACUCGGGACUUCUUGGCCGAACCCUAAAGACGCUCCGAAAUGGAAACACGUUCUCUUUCAAAUAAGAUGGUGGCUAACAUUUUGUUUAUCAAUAUCAGCAUUUCUGCCAAUGUGCUACGCAGCCUAUAACCACUGGAAAAAUAUAUUAAGUUUCACAAAAUCUGUUUUUGAUGCUGCCAAUACUGUUCAAACGUUUGCUAAAAUGAUUUUUUGCAAAAUCCAUUUCAAGAAAAUGCAGUAUUUAUUGGAAGAAAUGGAAGAUUAUGUAACCCGUGCACAAGCACACGAACGAGCAUUGUUCAUAAUGUAUAUAAAACGUUGUGGCAGAUUACACGCAACUCUAAUGAUAAGCGGUCUAAUGACGAUUUUCAUCAUAAUAAUCGCUCCUAUUGGGGUUCCGCAGCCGUUUCCAAAUAUCGUUGAAUAUCCAUUUUCUACAGAAGGACACCCGAUAUUUGAACUCAUAUAUUUACACCAGAGUGCGGCUACAAUUCAUUGUCUCUCUAUUCUAACAUUCGACUGCCAAAUCGCGUUAUUGCUGUGGUAUGCUGGUGCGCGACUUGAACUUUUGAGCCAAGAAUUUCAUGAUGUUACUCACUAUAAGCAAUUGAAUGAGUGCGUCGAGAAACAUCAGCAUUUAUUAUUGUACAUUCAGGACAUCGUCAUCAGUAGCCGUCAUAUUCUUGCAACUACUGUCAUUACUUGUGUGUUGGCAGCUAUCACAAGUGGAAUCCACAUUGUUGGGAACGAACCAAUAGCUGCUAAAGUUCCCUUUAUAGUUGCGUCAAUGAUCAUGGGUGUGGUACUUUAUGUAACUGCUUGGCCAUCAGAGCAUCUUGCGCAAAUGUGUGAAAAAGUUGGAAUAGCUUUAUACGAGUCAUCUUGGAUUCAAAAUUCAAAAACACUGAACACAAGUAUUUUGAUCAUCAUACAGAGAUCGCAAAAAGCUGCGAGCAUUGAUGUCGCUGGAAUAUUACCGACUCUUUCGCUACCUUACUAUGCAACGUUUUUGUCAAAAAUAUUUUCAUAUUUCACUACUCUACGCGUGUUACUUUCAAAAAUGGAAAUCGAGUAA